AUGGCAUCUCUGCUGGACAACAUAGCCAGACCUUCUGCUGUCGUUUUGCAGCUGUCUGUGGUGCUUGGUGGCAUCUUUGUGCUGCUGAAGGUGGUCCAGUUCUACCGGGAGAAGAAGAAACUCAUCAAAGCUCUGGAGGCAUUCCCUGGUCCCCCAAAACACUGGCUCUAUGGCCACAAUCACCUGAUAACUGCUGAUAAAAUGUUAGACCAGAUAGUGUCAUGGGGAGAAGAAUACCCCUAUGCCUUUCCUAGAUGGUUUGGACCAGUCCUGCCUUCUCUAAUAAUCCACCAUCCUGAAUAUGCCAAAAGCAUACUUGGCCAAACAGAUCGCAAGUCCAAUGUACCCUACAAAUUCUUAGUUCCCUGGAUCGGGCAUGGGCUGUUGAUCUUGCAUGGAACCAAAUGGUUCCAGCAUCGGAAGCUGCUCACCCCAGCCUUUCAUUACGACGUGCUGAAAUCUUAUGUGGCCCUGAUGUCAGAUUCAGUCAAAGUCAUGCUGGAUAAAUGGGAAAAGAAGAACACAGAGAGGAAGUCAGUGGAGGUCUUUCAAGACGUCAGCCUGAUGACGCUAGACAGCAUCAUGAAAUGUGCCUUCAGUUAUAACACCAACUGUCAGACUCAGAGCAACUCAGACUACUAUAUCAGAGCUGUUUAUGACCUGAGCUGCCUCGUGAACAAUAGAUUCCAGACUUUUUCUUACAAGGAUAUCUUCUAUGACUUGACUCGCAAAGGCCAAGAGUUUCAGCAUGCCUGCAAGCUGGCGCAUACCCACACAGAUAAGGUAAUAAAAGAAAGAAAGAUGUUGCUUUCCAGUGAGAAGGAACUUGACAAGAUCCAGAAGAAGAGACACCUGGAUUUUCUGGACAUUCUUCUUUGUACCAAGGAUACAAAUGGAGUUGGGCUACCCGAUGAGGACCUGCGUGCUGAGGUGGACACGUUCAUGUUUGCGGGUCACGAUACCACAGCCAGUGGGAUCUCCUGGCUCUUGUACUGCCUGUCAUUGUACCCAGAGUACCAGCAACGGUGCAGGGAGGAGAUCCAGGGGAUCUUGGGAGACCGAGAUACCAUUGAGUGGGACGACCUUGGGAAGAUGAUUUACACCACUAUGUGCAUCAAAGAGAGCUUGCGCCUGUUCCCACCAGUUCCUUCUGUGUCCCGAUACCUCUCUAAAUCUGUCACAUUUCCCGAUGGACGCAGCUUGCCAGCAGGCUGCCAGGUUGGACUGAACAUAUUUGCUAUUCACAGGAACCGGGAUGUGUGGGAAGACCCUGAGAUAUAUGAUCCCCUGAGGUUUUCUCCAGAGAACUCAGCACAGAGGCACUCCCAUGCUUUCCUGCCUUUCUCCGCUGGAUCCAGGAACUGCAUUGGGCAGCAGUUUGCCAUGAAUGAGAUGAAGGUGGCUCUAGCCCUGACUCUGCUCCGCUUUGAGCUCUGCCCCGACCCAUCCAAGCCUCCCACACUGAUACCACAGAUCAUCCUCAGGUCCAGCAAUGGGAUCCACUUGCAUUUGAAGAAGAUUCACUGA